GAAGAACCAAAUGUCAGAAACAAAAAUUUAUCCACUGCCUUAUUGUGGUCACAGGUGGUGUGAGAAUGAAAACUGUGCAAAUCGAGCAGACACCAUAUGGCCUGAAUUUGUGAAGUUCAUCAAACAUCUAGAUGGUCUUAUAAAGUCCAGACAGCCACAGGGGAAAUCAUUUGCAGUUCUUCAAAAAGCAGUUAAAGAUCCCUUGAUGCCUACAAAACUCAAGUUGGUAGAGUUCAUCGCUUCAAAGCUUAACAAAUUUCUGAGAGGCUUUCAAACGGAUCAACCAAUGGUUCCAUUCCUAUGUGAUGUCCUUAAGGAUCUUCUUACUUCAAUUAUGAAAAUGUUUAUUCUAACAGAUACCAUCAAAAAGGCUGAUACAACAAUGAAACUUUUAAAGAUCGAUGUCUCGGAUAAGAACAUACAUAAGCCCUCUGAAACGAUUGAUGUUGGUAUGGGUGCACAACUCCACAUCUCACAAUUUCGGAGAAGCGGUGAUUUUAAAGGAAGUUCCCUUCGAAACUUUCAUCAAGAAACUGUUCUGUUCUUAUCCAGUGUGACCAGUCACAUGGUAGAGAAAUGCCCCCUGAAACACAUGAUCAUUCGAUGCUGCAGUUCAAUCAAUCCCAACAGGCUGGCCAUUAGGGAUGAAAGAGAAGUUUCAAAGUUAAGAUUUUCCAAGAUGUUAGAAAAGCUAACUUCUUUAGGGCAAGUCACCCCUAAAGUUGCUGAUGAUGCUAAAGAACAGUUCUCAAAGCUCAUUAAUGAUGUUGUACCUGAACACCAGGAAAAGUUUCUCUCAUUUGAAAAGUUUGAUCAAAGGCUAGAUACAUUCUUUGCCCAGUUUCUAAAAACAAAAGGUUUUGAGUCUUUAUGGAGUAUUUUUAAGCUCGUAUUCUGCCUGAGUCACGGACAAUCUGCUAUUGAACGAGGCUUCAAAGCAAAUAAAGAAUUCAUUAAAGAGAACCAGUCAGAAUGUUCGCUGAAAUCAUUAAGAAUUCUGCACGAUCACAUGAUUGCAAAAGAAGUGCGAGCACACAACAUUCCAAUUACAAGGGAAUUAGUUAAGUCUGUCAAGUGUGCAAGAUCGCGUUAUGUUGAAAUUAAAAAUGAAAAGAAGAAGUUAAAAGUGGAUUCUGGAAAAGCAUUGAAACGAAAGGUUAUUUCAACUGAAAUUAAAGAAGUGCAAAGGAAAAAACAAUUCCUCCAAACCAGUAUAAACACUCUCAUUAAAGAUGCUGAUGAAUUGGCAUUGAAAGCACACACAAAUGCUGACUUUCAAAUCCUCGGACGAUCAAACGAUUUACGAAUGUUAGCCAACACCAAGAAAGAACAAUUUGACGAGUUGGUUCAGAUGGAGCAAGCAUUAAUACUUCGAAAGGAUUCCAUUGUUUGAUUGGAAAAGUAUUUUGUAGUCUUAUGUUGCUAUUCUGUUAUUGGGGUUAAUUUUUGUUUGGCUAGCUAGUGUUUAUUUUAGUUCAGAGAUUGAAUUCUUAUGUUGUUACAGCUUUUAGUUUUAAGCUCAAAGAAAUACAUGACUUUACUUUA